UCGUUUUGGUUGUGUACGUUUUUAAAUGUAUGUGACAGUACAUAUAUGUACAUAUGCACUCAGCACAGCUGAAUUUUCCUUUGCAUUUACAGUGUUACAUCUCAUCAAGACUAAGUAAGAAUUUAUCAAACAUGAACUCCGGAUUGACUAAACAUUUCUACGUCGUUUAUUUGUUAAAUCAGUAAACAAGAUUUCCUGAAAUCUAUGAUCUACUAAACAACCAACAUGUAUACCUUUGUGUGACCAAUGGACGGACACGAGAUAGUGUUUACUUGAUCAGAGUGUCAAGAAGCCGCUUGCUUUGUUGUUAACGAUAAAAAAAAAGAAGACAAUUGUAUAGUUAUCGAAUUUAAGCAGCUAUGACUGACGUAAAUAGACAUAUCUAGGUUGCAGAGAGACAAUCCACGGUUCAUGUGCUUAAGAUGUCCACAUUGGAAGUAUUUUUUUGUGGACAGAUUGAUAGCGUUUGCGGACAAAUAUGCUUCAAAGUUAUUAUUCCAAACCAAGAUGUAGAUAUCUUAAUGUUGUUCCUUGUAUAUGAACAUGCACCACACUACGGCAUAUCACUAACUGCUGAUAUAUCAACAAAGGAACAUGAGUUGCCAAUGAACUUUUUGUCUGGUUCUGGUUGCAGUUAUUGUCUAGAAAUUUAUGGUUUGCGAAAAAAGAUGGCAUCAGAUAGAGAGUUUUAUGAAUGUCAAUCGUAUGGAAGAAAAGUUUUUCAAGUAAUGAAAGGUCACUCAGCAUCAAAUCUAAACCUCAACAUGAGGUUGUCUGCACAAGAAUGUGUAUUACUUCCAGUAGACUGCGCUUCAAAGGAUAAUCUCCAAAUUAGUGUACAUCAUAAGCCAAAUUCUAGGUAUACUUUCAACAGUAAUCAGAAAUACCAGUCAGAUAAAACGUGGAUUUUGAUUUUUAAACAGCAUGGCGAAAAGAUAUGUUUCUUUAUACAUACUGGCAAGCGACUGAAAUUCAGACUACCAUUCGAACUCCAUGCAGCUAGGAAUUGUGAAAUAAAAGCUAUAAUUGGCUCUGUUUUAUAUGAAAGUGAUGUGGUUCGAAUUAUUGCGAAUGAAGUAAACAGUGAAAAGUUAAGAUUUAAAUCGUAUUUUACGAAACAAGAAUACCAAGCUCUUCACAACAGGACGUUAAGUUUCAUCAAAACUUUACCAGGGAAAUUCCAUACUAUUGACUAUCUGUAUAGAAAUAAAUCGGAAAUGUACUUUGCAUCCGUAAGAGAAUAUCAUUCUGGGAUAAUGAAGCCGUAUACAAAGGACCAUAAUGGAGAUCCGUGUUCUGUUAUAAACGGACAUAUAGAUGGAUUAUUUUUUAGUACUGCUGUAGAUUUUCAAACUAUGAAGCCUUUGCCUGAAUCAUUAUAUGGACCAGUAAGAUUACAUAUUGAUGCCAUUACAUUAUUUACACCAAACUUUAAUUUAUAUUUUGCAGAUUUUUUUUGUCAUUAUCGGGUUCAUUAUGUGACCGUCGUAUUAACUCCCAAAAGGUCUCCAACUGAUCAAUUUUGUGAAAGACGACUUCUUAAACUUGAUAUAAGACAUAAUCCGUUCAUAUACCUCAGUGAAACAAAAGAAGAUUUUUAUGAAGUUAUAGUUUAUUUAAGCAAUGGACUUCGUGUUGAAGUGUUUUAUACAGAAGCAGUGAACAUUUCAAGAAUAAUUGAAAACCAACAAGGACAUUUCGAACGAGUACCAAUAAUUGGAAGAGGAGAAAGUAGACCCACUGGAAUUCCUAAAAAUGGUCUUUGUAAAAUAUGCAAUUUAUAAA